GGAACUGUACAGAAUCGAAAUGCCUCAGCAGGGUUCACGGGACUGCGGUGCAUGCAUCAAUCGUGAAGGAUACUUGGACGUAAUGCCUUCCAAUCGCAAGAAGGCCACCUACUGGAACCCCUGGAGGCGGCGCUACAUGCGACUACAGGACGGAACACUCUCCUGCCUCGAGCAUGACAAGUCAACAAAGCCACUGGUGAAGAUGCAAUUGCUUGGUGGUCAGGUUGACACCCUCGAGAACCACAUGAUUGGCAUUGAUGAUCGGAAGGGGCACUAUGUGGCAGUCAAGUGCAACUCUGAGUCCGACUGUCGUGCAUGGCUAGAAGCCCUGCAGUCGCACUGCCAACAGGAUCCCCAACGCAGCUUUGUGCAGCCCGUUGAGAGGCCCCUGCCCUGCAGCAAGCGUGUUGUGAUAGUUGACCUGGGUGGAUGCUCGAUCCGGGCUGGAGUCCUCAUGGAACAGC